AUGCCAUCAUCACUAAACUCUGAAUUGAAGACAUCCUCAAUGGAUGAAGAGAAACAAGUUUACGAAAAAACUUCCAGUGACAACACUUCAUCAGAGUUAGAACACGCUAUUGAAGAUGAAAAGUCUAUUGGUGUUUUGAAAGCUGAAUUGUUGGCUGAACAAUGGAAACACACGUUUUGGUAUAAGUUGGUCUUGUUGAUAUCGGCAUUCCUUGUGGGAUAUGCCUAUGGUCUUGAUUCACAGAUUAGAACUGUGUUCACUGGGUAUGCUACUGCUUCUUGGUCUGAACAUUCUUUGUUGACUACCGUGAAUGCUAUCACUGCUUUGACUGCUGCUGCAUCACAACCAGUGUACGCUAGAUUAUCCGAUGUGUUUGGUCGUUUGGAGUUAUUCCUUGUUGCGGUUUUGUUUUACGUUGUUGGUACAAUUAUCGAAUGUCAGUCUCCAACUAUUAACGCUUAUGUUGCUGGUGCUGUGUUGUACCAAAUUGGAUACAGUGGUGUUCUUAUCGUCUUGAUUUUCAUCAUGUCCGAUUUCUCUAGUUUGAGAUGGAGAGUGUUCUUUACAAUCUGCCCAGCACUUCCAUUCAUCAUCAAUACCUGGAUUUCAGGUAACGUUANUUCCAGUGCAGUUGGUAUGAACUGGAAAUGGGGUAUUGGAAUGUGGGCAUUCAUUUUCCCAUUAGCCUGUAUUCCAUUUGUCUGUUGUAUGAUUCAUAUGAGAUGGUUGGCAGGAAGAACUCAAGAAUGGGUCGAGUUUAAGAAAAAGGAGACUCUUUAUCAAAAGUUUGGAUUUUUGGGAUUCAUGAAAUAUUUGUUUUGGAAAUUGGACUGCAUUGGAUUGCUUUUGAUGGUUGUUUCUUUGGGUUGUUUGUUGGUGCCAUUGACUUUGGCUGGUGGUACAAGUGAGAAGUGGAAGCAAGGUAACAUCAUUGC